AGAAAGCAACACUGUUCAUUCCUUCACAGGGGACUUGGAAAAUUGCAGGAAAUCGAACACAAACGUUUAGAAAAUGAAUGCCGAAUUGGAGGCUUUGAGUCUAGACGUCGUGAAUCGAUCAGUAACAUGGCGUCAGCUGCUAUUAAAAUUCAAGCCAUUUUCAGAGGAAGGAAAGCUAGAAAAUCUUUUAACAUCAGGCUGCCUAGUGAGCGUAAAAAAUUAAAGGGAUCAAAAAAGAAGAAAAAAUCACACAAAUUCUCGCCAGUUCAGGAGUCGGCGGCUAUUAGAAUUCAGAGUAUUUUCAGAGGCUAUCUAAUUAGGAAGAAAUUAAACAAGAGUCAUUAUAACAGUAAUGGUUGCGGAGCUGGGAAUCUCUCGGUUCUUGCCUCCAGUCGCGACACCAUGAAUGCUGAGAACCAGAAGUGGUUCGGGCCGGAGAUGGCUGCUGCUUUGGUCAUUCAGAAGGUUUACAGAGCUUACUUAGUUCGUAAAAAUCGUGGCCUGGGCCAUCGAAAUAAAACAACCGGGAAUGGAAACCCCCCAUUACAACCCGAAAAAAUAGAUGACAUUUCUGAAGAGAACGAAUCGAAAAAUAAUGCACGCGAGGGAUUUCUUAAGGAGCAUAAACAGUUCCUAGCUUCUCUGCCGGGAAAAGACGUCGAGUCAACACAACAUGUUGACUCCGUUGAAGUUCACGGAUCCGUUAACUGUUCUGGCUGCUUUUGCGUCAGAAAAUUUAGUUUAGUUAGCGCAUUGCCUGAUCCGAUAACAGAGAGUGUAACUUCCACUAAAAAAUCUGAGGAUGAGAAGGAGCUUGAGAAGGCUGCCCUCGCUAUUCAGUGUCUUUUUAGAGGGCAUAAAGUUCGAAAGCAUUUUAAAAGGAAAAUUAAACUGGAGGACCCUGAGCAUGGGAACGACGUAUCAUUUCUUAGGAAGGAACUCGAAAAAAGUUAUCCCGCUGAUCACAACCCGAAAAAGCACGAAAGGGAAAUGAGAGCAGCUAUUAUUAUUCAGAAAUUUUAUCGGGAGCAUCGAAAAGAACGAACAAAGUUCAAAGCUAUUGAGGAGGCGGGACUGGAAUAUGCGAAAAAUCCUACCGCUAUUUUAGCAAUUGUAAAAAUACAAAGAAUUUUCCGAUUACAUUAUAGUCGAAUAAAAAAUAUGGAUAAAGCUAAAAAACUUUCUGAGAUAAUGCAGCGUAACGGUGGAAUGUGUGAUAUAGACGGGCACAGUAUUGCUCCUUAUGACGAACUUGAAGAAAAAAAUAAUAUAAAGGCGACUAUUUCGCGAGCAUCCAUCGCAGCGUUGACAGAGGCUGCUCGCGUCAUCCAAAAAAGCUACAGAAAAUAUCGCGGCCAGAAAACAACAAAGAAAAAAUCUUCGUCUACUUCUGGAAAAAUAGACGAGGGUGCCAUGAUAAGGCACGACGAUAUCAGCGCCGCUGCGACGAGGAUACAAGCCUGGUUUAGGGGACACUUGGUCAGGAAACGAGUGAAGCGAGAAUAUUUUCGGCCGGAUCUUCUGAAGGCCGUAGUCAGGAUUCAAGCAAAUUUUCGAGGAUAUAGAGUGAGAAAAUAUGAUAUCGAGAAGAAAAUUAUUACUCUAAUUCAGAAAUUAGAUGAAAAUAACGAGGAUGUCACACCGACUGAAAACGGGAAUAAAAAUUGCAACGAUCAAGCUAUCGUGAUUGGGAAAGACGAUAAAAGCGAAAAUGGUCUUGUUGUUGAAGUUGGCAAUGCAAAUGAAUAUGACCGGAAACAACUUGCAUGUAAUGAGGAAAUCGAAAGAAAUCAUGAGUAUCCAGCCACAGCGAAGAAGGAAGUGUAUGGAUGUGACGAGGACCACGCCACAGAGAAUGGGAAAUGGGAUGGAAAUGUAGACGAUUCAGUCACUGUGAAUGUGAACGUGAACAGUUAUACCACGAGCAUCCAGGUAGCGGCAGAGGGGCCAUCAAAUGAAGGAAGCUUCCAUCAUUUAAUGGCUGGAGGAAAGCUUGAAGCUGCAACCGAAGCACGAGCAGCUCAGGUGCUGCAGGCUUGCUUUAGAGGUUAUAAAGCACGACUAAACCUGCGUGGCAGAAGGCCAUGUCUCAAGGAAAAUACGCUAGACAAACUCAACGUCACUUCUGGAGUUGGCGAAGACGUGGUAAAGGCGGUAGUGCUCAUACAGAGAGCCUACCGCGCGUAUGUGGCAAGUAAACACAAGUCGACCGCUGGCACAAUUGAAAAGGGUUAUUCUGUGAAGAGUAGGACAUCAGGAGCUGCAAUGAAGAUAGUGAAGCCUAAGGUGACAUCGGAAGCUGAGGAUAUAGUGAAGGCUGUUGUGAAAAUUCAGAAGGCGUUUCGUAAGCACCUGAUAACUAAGCUCAAAGGAUGGCUUGUGAGGAAAAAACUAGGGAAGCGACAGAUAGCAAAAUUUUGUCCGUACGAUGAACGUUCGUUAAAAGCUGUUGUACUAAUACAAGCGCACGUACGUGGAUACUUGAGCAGGAAGGUAACUACACGUAAAACAAAAUAUUUGUUAUCAGAACGCAAAAGAGUUAUUCAAGCAGCUACUAUUAUUCAGUCGUACUAUCGAGGAUUUAUAGUACGAAAAGGAUUAUUUCUGCUGAAUAAGACUAUGCUUUCAAAUACUGAAGUUUACUCGGAACAUGGUUCUUUAGCAAACGCAGCGCUAAAAAUACAAUCAGCUUUCCGAGGGUUUAGAGCAAGGAAAAAAAUUAAACUUAAUUCAGGAAAGAAACAUAAGAAAGAGAAUAUCCAGUCAGUAGACGAAGCCCGUUUGGAAGCCGUGAUUAAAAUUCAAAAAUUUUUCCGCGGGUUUUUAGCGCGACGGAAAUUGAUGACUGAAAAACGUAGGAAGUCGAAUGGACACGACAUUCAAUCCGAAGACAUUCAGAUGAUGAAUGCAGCAAUCAAAAUUCAGUCAAUUUUUCGAGGAUAUAAAGUACGAAAAGCACUAUUGACAAAACUUGAAUCCAAUUCAAAAGACGUUAAAGAUACUAACUGUGAAAUUAAAUUUUCAGAAGCCAAAAAUUACGAAAAAUUGAGUGGCUCAGGUGAUCAUACAGAUAAAGAUGAUGCUUCGCUACAAGAAUAUUCAGAUUUCCGACACCACUCUAACCGCACGGUGCUCCCGCUUCACCUGUGUUUACCUAGCAGUUCUCAGAAGGCACACCAGACGUUCUCCUGCUCAGCAGCUGUGGUCACGGUGGUGCUACACUCCCGGAAGCUACACUCCUUGAAGCUCCGGAGACGUAAGAGCUCCCUCAGCAACAAGCACACCGUGUCCUUCUACAACCUUCACCUACAGAAUACUCCUCUCAUCGCGCUCUCGGUUGAUAUCCUGCAGCUGAUGUUACGUUGA